AGAGAGAGAGAGAGAGAGAGAGAUAGAGAACGAUGAUGGCCAUGAACAGCGGGAGAGGAGGCGGUGGUGGCGGAGGAGGAGGAGCAAAGGGAAUAGUGGAGGAGGGGGAGCUGUCGCUGCCGAUCCUACUGGCCGAGCGGGUGGCCACGGCCGCCCGCGAGGCGGAGUCGUUCAAGUCGGAGUGUACCGACGCGGGGAAGAAGGCGGACCACCUCGCCGGCCUGCUUCGCUCCGUCGCCCGCGUCGCCGCAUCCGCGCCUGCCCCCUCCUACGACCGCCCCGUUCGCCGCAUCCUCGCGGAGUCCUCCAAGACCCUCGACCGCGUCCUCGCCCUCGUCCGCCGCUGCCGCCGCGCCGGCCUCCUCCGCCGCGUCGUCACCAUCACCACCGGCUCCACUGACCUUCGCAAGGCCUUCGCCCUCCUCGACGCCUCCGCCGCCGAUCUCCGCUGGCUCCUCUCCAUCUACUCCGACGAAGACGGCGGCGGCGGCGGAUUCGCCAUCAGCCUGCCACCCAUCGCCAGCACCGACCCCAUCCUCGCUUGGGUCUGGAGCUACGCUGCCACCGUCCAGUCCCCCGCCCGGUCCCCCGCCGACCGCGCGCACGCCGCCCAGGCCCUCGCCUCCCUCGCCCUCGACAACGACCGCAACAAGAAGAUCAUCCUUGAGGAGGGUUGCGUGCCGCCGCUCCUCGCUCUCCUCCGCGACGGCCCCGCCGUCGAGUCGCAGAUCGCGGCGGCCGUGGCUCUCUCCAACCUCGCCAACGCCGCCGACAACGUCUCUGUCAUCCUCAGCGAGCUCGCCGUGCCCGUCAUCGUCCAUGUGCUCUCGGAUUCCCGCAUGCGCCUUCAGACCCAGGUCGCCGGCCUCGUAUCCCGCUUAGCCGCCCACCACCCCUACGCGCAGGAGGAGUUCGCCCGGGAGAACGCCGUCCGCCCGCUCGUCUCGAUCCUCUCCUUCGAGGUGCCCCUCGACGAACUCCGGCCUUCGCCAAAAAAGCCCUCGAGCAUCCACUCCCUCGUUAAGGGAAUGGGGGUGCCAUCCACCGGUAAUUCCAGCCUUAGCGGCGACGGCAGCAGUAGCAGCAGCAGAAGCUCAUCUCUGUUGCGGGACUACUACCAUCACCACCGCAAGGACCGGGAAAACGAGAGCCCCGAGGUGAAGCUCGCGCUCAAGGUCGCCUGUGCCGAAGCUCUCUGGAUGCUCGCCAAAGGCUGCCUUUCCAACUGCCGCAAGAUCACCGAGACCAAAGGCCUCCUCUGCCUGUCCAAGAUCAUCGAGCUCGAUAAAGGCGAGCUGCUGCACCACUGCAUGAUGGCCAUGAUGGAAAUUGCAGCCGCAGCCGAAAUUGACGCGGAUCUCCGGCGCUCAGCCUUCAAGAUGAACUCCCCAGCUGCCAAGUCAGUAGUGGAGCAGCUCAUUCGAGUGGCGCAGCAGGGGAGUAGCAUUGUUCUUCAGAUCGCAGCUAUCAAGGCCAUUGGCUGCUUGGCAAGAACCUUUCCCGCAAAAGAGACCAAGGUUUUGAGCCCACUCGUGCUCCAGCUCGGACAUUGGAAUCCAGAGGUAGCGGCUGAAGCUGCCAGGGCUUUGGGGAAGUUUGCUGAACCAGACAAUUUCCUCUGCGUGGAGCACUCGAAAACCAUCAUAGAGUUCGCUGCGGUGCCAGCGCUGAUGCGGCUGCACCGGUCAGGAGAGAAGGCACAGCUGCCGGCAGUAAUCCUUCUCAGCUACUUGGCAUUGCACGUUCCUAAGAGUGAAGCUCUGGAACGUGCAAAGGUCUUGGGGGCUCUUCAAUCAGUUGCCCGCAGUCCACUGGCGCAGGAUCCGUCUCUAAGGGAAUUGCUUCCUAGGGCUAUCUACCAACUUGAGCUUUAUCAGGUUGGAUUGCAUGCUGACAGACAGUCGUAUGAAGUGUGAGCUCUGCUGUCACUGUUCCGCAUUUCUUCCUUCUUGCCAAAUAUUACUUCACUAUGCAUGACCCCAAUUCAGAAUGAUUUCUAUGGAUUCUUUCCGAUCUGAAAAUGAUGUAUCAUACUGUUGUGCUUCCUUUUACUGAGCAAUUGGCUGCGGGUCUGAAGAUUCUGAGACAGGUUUAGUGGAUGGUUUCUGGAUCUCAGGGCAUUCAAAGUAGAGGUUGAAGGCACCGGAUGAUGUCAUUUGUAUUUACGGAUAAAGAUUUGCGGCUGUUUGUACUAGUGAAAGUUUGAUGCAACAGUUCGCCAAGAUUAUUAUUUCUCCUCAGUGCUUUUCAUUUGUACAAGCAAUUUCACAAAUUAAUUGUGCUACAACUCAUGGUUGAUGCUUC